AUGCUCCGUCCAUGCGAGCUCGCCCAGUGGACGACGGUGCUGCUGACCGGAUUGCCGAAGAGUCUGAAGGCGCCGAUCUUGUUGGGGCUUCUGGAUGAUGAAUUCUUGGGAGAGUAUGACUAUUUCUAUCUCCCUGUAGAUCGCCGGACGUUGGAAUGCAAGGGCUUGGCUUACAUCAACUUCCGCUCUCCUGAGAAGGCGCUCGAGUGCCAGAGACACUUCGAGGGCUGUGUGGAGUGGCCGUCCUGCGAUCCCGAUCCUGCCGAGGGAUGUGGGGUGGAUUGGGCUUUUGUCCAGGGCUUUGGGGCGAAUGUGGAGAGACAGCGGAAGAUGUACUGGGAGCAUGUGAAUGUGCCUGAAGAAUGCAAGCCAAUGGUCUUUGACGAGCAUGGGGCACCUUUGCCCAGCACGGUGGUCUUUGGUGCGAACUUGGAUCGUCCAGACCUUGAUGACGUGUGGUGCGUCUUUCGUCGGACGCCGUCUCUGGAGGUCGAAAAUCCGGAGACUCGUGGAUCUUUGCGGGAAGCGUUCUGGUGGGGCUGGUGGAGUGAUCCUGACCACGAUCCACGCGGGGGGUGCGUGCGGUCAGACGUGUCGGAUGCCAGUGGCCCAACACCGUCCACAAGGGUCUCGGAGUGCGAGGUGUUCAAGGGGAGCGAAGACUCAAAGGACCUGCGCGGCACGUCGACGAAUGCGGAGAGCGUCCGAGACGGGCCGCGACUGAGCUGA